UCCUCAACCGAGUUUAGAAGGAUAACGAUACCUUUAGAAGGGAGCCAUUUUAUAAUCAUGAGAACCCUCUCCUUUAGCUAUGCAUUUUUUCUACUAAUCAUGCUUGUUUCCAUGAUACUAAUAUGCGGACCGUGUUAUGGCUUUGUACCUAUGAUGCCUGCAAGAAAUAUUGAAGAUGAAUCGUCGCCCCAUGCCAAGGACUAUGUCACUGGAGAGAACAGAGGCAUACUGACUAGCCUUGUAAAUGAAGAUGCGCUUAGUACAUGUUGCAAUAGCCAUCCUGAACUGGGAAGAUGUUUGCCGGGUGUAGAUGACAUAUCUCCUAAUGGCAAGUGUUACAUAUUUUGUAGCAGUUGUCCGAAAGGAGGCUUUUGCAAACCAUUCAAGGAUGGGCAUCACGAGUGCCAUUGUUAUUGUUGAUCUCAUCUAACACUGAUGUCAUCCAUCUUUAGAAUCUUCUAAGGGGAAAAAUGGAAUAAGAAUAAUUGAUCUUAUUUAUUAAGUUAAAAUUAUCUAAUAAAAUUGUAUAAGGUGC